AUGGCCGCCACAAACGGAAACACAGCUGCCGCCGCCGACGGCAAACAGCAGCCCCUCACCUUAUCCGCAACCUACGCCAGCCCGGCCAACGAGCCCUUCGCCGUCACCGAGUCUCUGCCCGCGCCGGCGACGACGGGCGUGGGCGACAAGACCAAGUACCUCGCCGACCUGAAGGAGCGCAUCAGCUCCGUGCAGGAGCGCGUGAACCAGGAGCUCACGGCGCGCAUGGAGCAAGACAAGGCCCGCGACGCCGCCACUUCGGGCAAGGCGGCUGUCGACGACGCCAAGGAAGAGGAGAACUACGGCGAGGAAGUCCAGGAGGAAGAGGAUUGA